AGGACCACGGCUAUCCCGUGAUGCUCCGGGCUCUUGUCAAUGGCGCAGAGACGGGUUGGCAGGCGGCGGUUCAUUGACUGACGCUCAUUAGCGAGCAACGGCUGAGGGGCCCAGUGCGGGGCUGGAGGAGGAGGAGGACUGGCACGGUUUCUAUCCACUCGUAGCUCCGGCGAAACGCUGUAAAAUGUUAGGGAUUGAAAGUGAUUAUGGCAUCUAGACUUCAAAAUGGCAGGCAAGGUGUAUUAUUUGCUGUGGAAGAUGAGCUUAUUGAAAAGAAGCAACUUGGUAAAAGAAUGCAUUCUGAUUACAGUGAGAUAAUGAAAAAGGUUAAGCUGUCGGAAUGUAAAGAGGCGAAUCCUGAGAUUAAUAGAUCAUCCACUGAACAAGCAGAGAAAACCUUUCCUAAAACAGCCAAAGCAGUGUGCGCUAAAAAGAAAACCAGACGUCGAAUCCAAAGAAACGUGGGCAACAAAAAGCAGCGUCCACGUGUUUGGAGCUGUGACAUGGCAAAUAAAGAAAAUGAAGUAGUUUGUUCAGGAACUGUACCUAAAGUGUAUAAUGACAAUCGCAACUCACAGCUGAACUCCAGUGAAUUUUCAGUUUCACAGACUGACAGUGCUUCUGUCACAAAUGCUGAUUACUUUGCACAGAUUUCCAAGGAUCAUGCUACUAUGACACAAGUGCUAUUUGGCAGAAACCUAAGACUUAGUGUGGCCCUGACUUUCUGGCAAAAAAGUGCAAGUGAGCUGGUGGCUUAUUUGGUCAGGAUACAGGACACUGCUGUUGUUGCAGAUUGUCUACCUGUACUUACCAAGAGUCUGGAAGAAGAGAAAGAAAGUAUCUCCAUAGGUUGUUGUGUUGAUCUAUUACCAUUAGUGCAAGAAUUAUUAAGAAGCAGGUUUGAAGAGUACCUGAUUGUUGGUUUGAACUGGCUCCGGGCUGUCCUUAAGCGAUGGUGGCCAGAGCUUUCCACAGAUGCAAAACAUUGUGAUGCAACACGUACAGAAGACCGAAACAUUGUGAUAAUGAAAGAUCGGUUAAGACAAUUGCGGGAACAGGGCUAUCACCUAUCUUCAGCUCCAGGGUACACUGGAAAAGUAGCUCAGAGUGUGGGAACAUACCUGGAGCAGUUAUACUAAGUAUAUGCAGCAUCCAGGGGACUUCAUAUUCCAGGACUAUCGGCAGUAGCAUCUGCUUUACAGCACCACACAAACCUCCUUGUUUAUUAAAAUGUUUGGGAGACCAGGACUGCGAGUGGUUAACAGUAGGCUCGGCACUACAUUCGUUGCUAAGAAUGUUCUGGAACCACUAUUGAACCAGAUGAAGCUACUUCACAUUGAAGGGGUUUAUUAGCCAAGAGGCAUGUAACUCGACUCCAUGAGCUGACAAAGUGACACUGUUUUGCGUUCCUGAUUUGUAUGGUCUAACUUGGACAGGAGGUCUGCGUUCAUCAAUAUUGUCACACCAGUGCCAAUCAGCUGCCACUGAAAUGCUGCUUCAGUGCACUUGGACACUAUGAAUGUAUUUUCUGUAUAUUUGAAUCAGCGUUGUAAAGUUUGCAAAUAGCAGCACAGCAGUAAGUUAUAAUUUCAGUAAAGUUCCAUAGUUGAGCAUGCAGUUGUUUACGAUUACGAAUCAUGUCAGCAAGGUGACCUUAACAAAAUGUGCAUAGUACUGUAUUAUUUUAAUUGAACCAUUAAAGUAGACAUUUCAUGUGAAUUUGCACUUAAAUAAAAAAUGCUCCGUC